AUGGUCAUCACGCGAAGACUGAAGUACGACACCCCACGCCUGAUCAUGGGCGGGAUCGACAUUGGAAUGUCAAAAGAGGUGAAGAUCCUGGGGUUGACGAUCGACGCCGGCCUCACUUUCAACUCCCACGUCACUGGCGCUUGUAAAAAAGCUAUUGCGAUUUACAAGCGCCUAGCCAGAUCGGCGCGGGUGAGUUGGGGACUGCAUCCGGAGGUCGUGCGUUCAAUAUACACUGCCGCUGUCGAACCGAUAGUGCUGUACGCCGCGAGUGUGUGGGCCCCAGCCGUGGACAAACUGGGCAUAAAAAAGCAACUGAACGUGGUGCAGAGAAGCUUCGCCCAAAAACUCUGCAGAGCCCACCGCACGGUCUCUCUGCACUCGGCUCUCCUGCUGGCUGGGAUACUCCCCCUCGAUCUUCGAGUGCGUGAAGCUGCUUCAUUGUACGAAGCAAAGAGGGGGGCGCCCCAUCCAGUUCUGGGGGAUAGGGAGAUAGAAAAGAUGACACGUGCGGUGGACUUUCCUCACCCGGCCGAGCAGCAAACGUUGGAGUUCAACAGCUUGGUGGACGAGGAACAAUACAACAAACACGCCUCGAACUACGACGUGCGAAUUUUCACGGACGGCAGCAAGAUCGAGGGCAAAGUCGGUGCAGCGCUAUCGUUGUGGGAUAGCGCAACCGAAUAUACAUCUAAAAAACUUGUACUGCCGUCUUACUGUACCGUCUACCAAGCAGAACUAUUAGCACUACAGAGAGCGGCCGGGGAGGCGCUCAGUAGCGAAAAAACCACGUUCGGCAUUUUCAGCGACUCGAUGUCAGCGCUGCAAACUGUCAUCAACCCUGCCUCCCCCCAUCCCCUGGCUGUGGAAGCAAGAAACGCUCUACGCCACUGUGCCAUGCAGAACAAGAGCGUGUGCUUGUUCUGGAUAAAAGCCCACGCAGGUUUGGAGGGAAAUGAAAGGGCCGACUGCUUGGCGAAGGAGGCAGCGCUGCGAUCGAAAAGGAGGCCGGAUUAUGACCGAUGCCCCGUCUCAUUCGUCAAAUGGAGAAUCCGCAUGGACACUGUCAGCGAGUGGGACGCUAG